UGUUGAAGCUAAAAACAUCGUAUUCCACGCCCUUCAACUUCUCAGCAUGUCCCUCUCCCACAAAAAGUCUUGUCAUGUAAAAUUUAUGCUAUAUAUUACUUAAAGCAUGAAAUUGUUCUAGUUCUAGAUUAAUUUUCCAAAGAGAUGAUGAGUGAAAGAACUCUAAUUCCAACAUUCAUUUUCUGGGCUUUUCUUACAAUAAUUACACCUACACUGAUUCUCUUGUCAGAGAAUUCAAAAGCCGAACUCGAUUUAAAUGGAAAUAUAAGAGAAACAAUGAAGGUGAGAAGAAUGAUGAGGCACACACAUAACGAAAUAAGAACAGCAGAAGAAGCAGCUAAAUCGUUAGAUGAAGAGGAACUUGCUCCAGCACCAACACCAGCAACCGUAUCAUUACCAUUACCAUUACCAACUCUGAAGGGGUCACAGUCUCACCAUAAUCACACUCUUAUAAUCAGAAGCAAUUUUAAUAGCAGUGAUGAUGCUUCCAAAGUACAAGUCCAAGUGAAACAAACAACCGGUAACAAUAUAAUAGAUGGAAUUCAGUAAUGUUAUAUAAAUAUGAAUCAAAAGAGAGAAUUAGCAAUGAAAUACCAUUGUGAAUUAGGUGUUAUUGUGGAAAAUUUGUGUAUUUAUAAUUAUAGUAUAGCUAUAUAUAAUGAAGCCGGUUGUAAGUAAAAUUGUACUUUAAUAAUUUAUAGUAUAAUUAUUACAAGAGCAUGACUUAAA